GACUGUUUCCCCAUAGACACCCUCGAGUUAGGCAGGAUUCGUGCGGGACCCUCAGCCCUCACAACUCUCAUCGGGAGGUUCUCAAGGUGUCUGGAGUUAAGCGUUCCGGACGGGGACAGAAGCGCGCGUGUCACCGAGGAACAGUAUGGAGCGCGUUUUGACGCACGCGGCGCAACUUUGGCACCACUUGCUCCCGCUCAGCUUCUUCUUCCGUCUCUUGAAACGUGCCUUUUAAAAAAAAAAAAAACAUAACUAUGAAGACUCAUGGGAUGUAGUAAAUGGAGAGCUGCAUUCAACUUCGGACACCUCAAGGUGCAGUCCAAGCUGUCCGUUUUCUUGACCAUGAUCAUCCUCUUUGUCUAUCUCUUUUACUGUCUGAACGGAUUCUGCGAGUCCUUACCGAGACCCGUGUAUGACCAAAAGAGUAGCCACAUGGACAAAAAUGUCUACAACGAGGCACACGAGACGUCACCAAAGCAAGCAGAUGCUCCGGACCAGUUCUCGGACGUUGCUACGAGCACAAAUAAUACGAUGGCCAUUGCGAAUAACUUUGGGAGCAAAAAGUUUCCUCAGGCCAUCAUCAUCGGGGUGAAGAAGGGAGGAACGAGGGCUCUGUUGGAGUUCUUGCGCAUCCAUCCGGACGUGAGAGCAGUCGGAGCAGAGCCUCACUUCUUUGACCGCUUCUAUGAUAAGGGACUGGACUGGUACAGGAAUCUAAUGCCCCGUACAUUGGAUGGUCAGAUCACCAUGGAGAAGACCCCAAGUUACUUCAUCACAAAGGAAGCUCCUCGUCGCGUCUUGGCCAUGAGUCGCCACACCAAGCUAAUCGUGGUGGUGCGUGACCCCGUGACCCGCGCAGUUUCUGACUACACGCAGACCGUGUCCAAGUCACCGGGUCUCCCGUCCUUCAAGAACUUGGUCUUCCGCAACUCCACCACAGGCCUAAUUGACACCUCUUGGAGCGCGGUGCGUAUCGGCAUCUACGCCAAGCACCUGGAGAACUGGCUGCGCUACUUCCCGCUUUCUAGCUUCCUGUUCGUCAGCGGCGAACGUCUAGUGACGGAUCCCGCAGGCGAGAUGGGCCGCGUCCAGGAUUUCCUGGGACUCAAACGCGUAGUCACAGAUAAGCACUUCUACUUCAACCAGACCAAAGGUUUCCCCUGCCUGAAGAAGCCAGAGGGGAGCAGCAGGCCACGCUGCCUGGGGAAGUCAAAGGGCAGGCCCCACCCGCAGAUCCCCUCAGACGUCCUGCUUCGACUCCGAGACUUUUACAGACCUUUUAACCUUAAAUUCUAUCAAAUGACGGGUCAGAACUUUGGCUGGGAUGACACAGCUUGACACCAAAGCUUUUGAAAGUUGACGGCGAGAGAGAAACAAUGUGCAUUACCAAAGCUUUUUUGCAGUGCGAAAUGCAAAACAGGUCUUGAUCAUUUCUUUAGCUUUAAAAAUUCAACAAUAAAACUAAUUAAAUGGUUGUUUUUUUGUUGCCAGCAGACAUUUUUCAGUUAAGCUGAAGUGCUAUGAACUAUGCUAUUGUAUAGUAUGUGGUGUGUCCAGAGGUGGGUAGAGUAGCCAAAAAUUGUACUCAAAUAAGAGUAGAGUUACUUCAAAAUAAUAUUACUCAAGUAUAAGUAAAAGUAGUCAUCCAAAAAUUGUACUCAAGUAAAAAAGUAUUCGAUGAAAAAAACUACUCAAGUACUGAGUAAUUCCUUAUAAUAUAUUAUUUAUUUUUAAAACAAUAGCAGAUUUUUUCUCAGCGUAACGUCAUCUACAGUACUGUGCAAAAGUUUUAGGCAGCACACCUGCCUAAAACUUUUGCACAGUACUGUAUAUGAACUGUUAUUAUCCUAUAACCCAUUACAUGACCAUAUUAGGCCAAAACAUAGACUUCAUAAUGUAUUGACGAGACAUGGGGCACUGGGCCAUCAAAGCUGACCGAGUGGAAUCACAGACAAGGAGGUUUUUUUCGUUGAAAAUUCUUGUGGACAAAUGCUUAAAUCCCUGAAUUCUUUGUAG